AUAUCGUUCAGUUUAGUUCUUUCUUUUUGUUAGUCAUUAGGACAUAUAGUAAACUAAACGCGAGACUGACGCCUAACCCUGGGAACAAACGUUGUGAAUGAGGGCGAGGCGGUUUUUAUAAAGUCAUCUUUAAAAUCGAUUCGACCGGAGUAAGGGAGGGAGAACAUAAAGACAAAGAUGAAGUUGGAAGAAAUGAUGGAAGCAGCCGGAGGCUGUGGUAGAUUCCAAUGGAUUCACAUUUCCAUAUUAACCAUGGCAACAUGGUUGAUUGCAAUACUCAGGAUGACGCUUUUGUAUUACACAGCGAUACCAGAGCAUACGUGCUCCCAACCUCAAUAUAACUGGGGUAACUUUACAGAGUCGGAACGUAUGAACCUGACAAUUCCAAGGGAGAUGAGGGAUGGAAGACUCCAGUACAGCCAAUGUAAAAUCCACCAAUUUAACAGGACAGAACUAUUGCAUGGAGAAUCGUCCAUGUUCCUAAAUCGAAGCGACAGACCAGAAGUUCAAUGCAGUAGCUGGAGUUAUGAUCGCUCCUAUUAUGAAGCUACGGUCGUUACUCAGUGGGAUUUAGUAUGUGACAGGCGCUGGAUGGUGGCAACCUCUCAGAGUGUUUACAUGGCAGGACUUCUGCAUAAGUAUAUUAUAGAUCGUCACACAUUUAUAAAAGGGUUUGGACGGCGAAAGUUGGUUAUUCUGACGGGUAUUGCGUGUAAUAUUCUGACGUAUGCAGUCACGUUCUCGCCAAACUACAUCACGUGGCUUAUAAUCAGAUUUGCUAUAGCCUCUACUGAGAUUGCUUUUGGAACAAUAAGCUAUGUAUUGGCGCAAGAGCUUGUGGGGAAAGACUGGCGACUUAUUGUGACUGUUUGCUGUGCGAUGCUUUGGUGCCUGGGGUACAUGACCAUAACUGGACUCGCUUACUUUCUACGAGACUGGCGAAACCUCAAUUUAGCCAUCGCGGCUGUCAACACUCCUUUUGUGAUCUAUGCAGUAUUUGCCAUGCCAUCGUCUCCCAGAUGGCUACACAGUCAAGACAGGGGGGAAGACUCCAUUAAAAUGAUCCAAACGAUAGCUAAAACCAACAGAAGAACCAUUCCUGAAAAAGCAGAAAUAACUGAGACGACUGUUGCAAAGAGAGCAAACGUCAUUGAUUUGAUGAGAACUCCAAAAAUGCGCAAAAGAUCGUGUGCGCAGUUAUUUAUCUGGUGUGUUACUAGUGCUGUUUACUACGGGCUAUCAUUUGGUGCAGGAACCUUGAUCGGUAGCCCUUAUCUGAACAAUUUUUUAAAUGCCGCAAUAGAGGUACCCGCGAGUAUUGUGAUUUGGCCUCUUGCCACUAAACUUGGGAGAAUACUACCCCUUGGUGUGUCUUUAAUACUUGGUGGAGCUGCCCUGCUAUCGACAUUGGCUGUCCCAGAAGAUCUUGGUAUAGUAGUUCUGGUGCUUUCACUAGUGGGGAAAUGCGCCAUCUCAAUUGCAUUCAUAUUAAUUUACAUCCUGGCAGUAGAAGUGAGUCCCACUGUGGUACGAAACAUUGCUCUCGGCUCAUAUUCGAUGUCAGCCAGAGUUGGGGGAGUUUGUGCACCAUUUCUUAUGUAUCUGAAUGUCUUCCAUGGCAACCUAUCAAAUAUCAUCCUUGGAGCACUCGCAGUCCUUGCCGGCCUUCUAGUAUUUAUCUUACCAGAAACUCGUGGCAAGCCCCUCCCAGAAACAAUAGACGACGCGGAGAAUUUCAGGAGAAAGCAUCCCAAAAAUGAUAAAGACAAGCCAGAACUUGAUAAUAAGACGUACUCACAGCCCAAUGGCCGAAACAAUGUCGAGGAUACAAGUCGACCUGCCAGACAAGUGAAUGGACAGAGCAAUGUUGCAUUCGAAUUAGAAAUAGACACAGAUAUUCCUCAUUUGGAUGGUAGUUGUGCAUCAGAAACUGUUAAACAUUGAUGACGAACAUGAAAAUGACCAUAGGUUAAGGGCGAUAGAAAUCAUUUUUAAAUAAAGAUGGCAUGGUAAUCGAUCUGUGUUUAUCUAGAGAAAAAGAUAAUAC